CUUCGUUGAUUUACUUCCGCGGUUCUCUGUACGACGGAGUUUGCGUCAUUUUGAAAGACGACACGUUUAAUGUACUAAUUUCAAAAUGACCCAGUUAAUGCUGAAAUACCCUAUCGUUUAUCAUAUGACAGAAAAGUUUAAACUAUGUUGACGUAUUUUGCGUAGUUUUCGAAAAGAUUUUAUCAGCGUCUCAUCGAGGAUCUUGGUUGCCCAUCGUUCAGUGUCAAAAUGCCGGUAGACAGAAUGAGAAUGCGCCCCUGGCUGGAGCAACAGAUUAAAAGUGGAUCUUUUAAGGGGCUUGAAUGGGUCAAUGAGGAGCAAAAGAUAUUUCAGAUACCAUGGAUGCAUGCAGCCCGACAUGGGUGGGAGUUGGACAGGGAUGCUCCUUUAUUUAAGAACUGGGCCAUUCACACAGGAAAAUACCGUCCUGGUAUAGACAAACCAGACCCAAAGACAUGGAAGGCAAACUUUCGUUGUGCAAUGAAUUCUUUACCAGACAUUGAGGAGGUGAAAGAUCAAAGCAUGAAGAGAGGAACCAAUGCCUUCAGAAUGUACAGGAUGCUUACUGCGACCGAAAAAGCUAUUAAGAAAGGCAAGAAAAAGAAGGAUCAGGAACAAAGAUUACUAGGAGGUUUUCAGAAACGGAAAGCAAACACUCCCAGAAAACAUGCAAUGAUGAUACAAGGAAGUUUACAGAUGACGAAUGAAGAAACUAUGCCAGACAGCACUGUACUCUUUGCUGAGCAUGAAAACUUCUACAAGCCCACGUCAUCGGGAAGGCAGAUGGCUGUAGGUGAACUACCUGAUGUGUGUGCAGUUGUUGAGGUGGGAACAUUGGAGGAACGUCCUGCUGUUAGUUCCAGUAAAACGUAUUACCCCCUCCAAGACUCUCAUGUUUCGUCCUACAGCGAUAGUGACACAGAGAGCACACACACUGACGAUGAUUUGGUGCAGCUUCCUCAGGACUUGUCCUUAAAUGCUUUAAAGAGAUCAUCAUGCAGUUCUGUGUUAAGAAUCCCAGCUCAAUCUUUAACACCCUCAUUCAGCACAUUAGGGAAAACUAAUUUUAAAGUGACAAGCUACAAAGAAGACUCGCCCCUUAUCGCCUAUAACACCACUCCGUGGCUACCCUUACUGCUUAACUUUCAAAAUGUCACCGGUGUGCGAUCCUUGACCCCCACCCAAACAGUGGAUCUCACCAGCAGUCCAACUUCUCGGGCAGAUGUUAUGGAUAAUGCUAUUGACCUCUCCGUUACAAAACACAAGGCACUAUGAUGAUGCUUGAAAUUAAUAGGCUGCUGCUAUACAGCUGAGACAAUGCGUUUAUAACACUAACCUGAGUUUCAAAUUUAGUUCAAGUUUGAUCCUCUGGUGCUAGAUUCUCCGGUGUUUUCAUUCAGCAGACAGCUUGGAUAAGCUGAAUUAGUUUGACUACAUCCAAAACUUUUGUAUUGUAUAAUACUACCUCAUUCUUUUAUAUAAUUAAAUAUGCAAUUUGUAGAACUACCUCACAGAUUGAACGUGAUCUGUGACACUUUGGUCACAAAACAUAAUGGCAGUGUAAGUUAUUACGAAUGUCUCAUUAAGUGUAAGGGGUGUAACAAAGUAGGUGGGUAAAAUAUUCAGUUGUAUUGUGUAACAUUUCACAAAAUAAUUUAAAGAGUCUAUCAGCAGAUGAAACUAAAAAAAAUAACAUGAACAAUUGCUAAGAAUUAUGAAUGGAUUAUUUUACAGGUAAGCACCAAUAUAUUGAGAUUAUGAUUGAAAGGUUAUGUAUUUUCAUAUAAAAUUGCUACAUCUAUAAAAUUAGUACAUUUUUAAUGAAUUUGAAGUUUGUUACAAAUAUUAAAAUGUCUGGAGAAUUUUUUGCAACUUCAGGAUCAACACUCAAAUGUCCGUGCGACUACAAAUACUUGAAUAGAGAGUUCAAUGCAUUAUAUUGUUUAAUAACUUUUGCAUUAAUUUGCAUUUCUGUUGUAAAAAGAACUUUAUUGCAAUGUAUGUAUUUUGGUAACACUUUACAAUAUACAAGUUGUAUUAGUAAAAAUCAGUAAAUGCAUUAACUAACAUGAAAAAAAAUCAAUGAACAAUAUAGUUUAUAGCAUGUAUUACUUAUUGUUAAUGAUUAUACAGAUACUUAUGUUAGUUUAUGGUGCAUUAAUUGAUGUUAACAGUUACAACGCUUAAUUUUAUAAUUGUAUUAGUAAUGCACUCGUUAACAAAUACAAACUUGUUGUAAAGUGUUACUAGUAUUUUUAUAGUCACUUAUGUGUGCAUAAU